UUCAGGUGGCUGCUGGUGCGCGCGCUCUACGCUACAGAGUGACGCAGCGGAAGCACCGGCGCGUGCAGCGGACCAUAACAGGCGCAAAGGAAGGAAAAAAAAAUAUCAUCGAUUCAGAGCCCUGGAUUUUUCUAUUACACCGAGGACUUCCGUUGGUGGGGAAAGCCGUAACGAGAGGUCACCACCUAUGGCUAUCAUAUCUGUUGUGGCCAGGACGAUGUCUUUUAUUAUCCUGAAGUAAACAAGAAAGAAGAAAAGUGAUUGAAAAGCUAUGAAGCUAGAAGACAUUUUGGACUAGUGUCCAUAAAGAAGCAAAGUGAGCAGCUGGCUUGGACUACAUCUUCAUGAUGGUCCUGUUUCUGGUGGCAACACAUCUUAUAUUAAACAGCUCCUCACAUGCGAACUGGACUGCAGAGCCUCCUGCUCCUCAGGGUUCUCACAUCCUACCCGCUGCUCUUGUCAUUUCUCUCCUUCUCAUCAUCUUCAUCCUCCUCACAGUCUACCUGCUCAGGUUCAGACACCAAAGGAAGGAUCUUGUCACUUCGGUUGACAAAAAGCUACCCAAUGGCUUCCUGGAGGACCAAGAACAAACAGUGGUGCUCCUCCCCAGAUCUCCCUCUCCGUCCAAGCAUUACUUCCCUAUCCCACUGGACUCUCUGGAGGAGGAGUACCGCCUGCGCAUGGCAGACGAUGGCAAGCUGUUCAGAGAGGAAUUUAAUUCUUUGCCGUGCGGGUUUGGCCGUGGCACGUUUGAGGAAGCUAGCAGAGAGGAGAACAGAGAAAAGAACAGAUAUCCAAACAUACUGCCCUAUGAUCACUCCAGAGUGUUGCUGUCACAUAUAGACACCCGUAUGUGCUCAGACUACAUUAAUGCCUCGUACAUAGAUGGUUACAAAGAAAAGAACAAAUUCAUUGCUACUCAAGGUCCGAAACCAGAGACCGUGGCUGAUUUCUGGAGAAUGGUUUGGGAGCACAAAUCUGCCACCAUAGUCAUGUUGACUAACCUACGGGAGAGAAAAGAGGAAAAAUGCUGUCAGUACUGGCCAGAGCAGGGCUGCUGGCUGUAUGGAUGUGUGAGGGUGUCUGUGGAGGAUGUCACGGUGCUGGUGGACUACACUAUCAGAAAGUUCUGUGUGCAAUAUCAAGCUCCAGAAGGCUGCAGAUCCCCGAGGUUGGUCACCCAGCUCCACUUCACCAGCUGGCCUGAUUUUGGUGUGCCACUCUCCCCUAUUGGUAUGCUCAAGUUUCUUAAGAAAGUCAGGAGUGUCAAUCCAGUGCACGCAGGACCCAUAAUAGUUCACUGCAGCGCUGGGGUUGGAAGGACCGGGACAUUCAUUGUGAUCGAUGCCAUGAUGAAUAUGAUGCAUGCCGAGGGCAGAGUGGACGUCUUCAACUUUGUGUCCCGAAUCCGAAACCAGCGCUGCCAGCUUGUACAGACAGACAUGCAGUACUCGUUUAUUUAUCAAGCUUUGCUGGAGCAUUACCUGUAUGGUGACACUGAGUUGGAUGUUUCCUCACUGGAGGGCCACCUGCACAGACUCCACAGUACUCACAUACACAUGGACAGAGUGGGGCUCGAAGAGGAGUUCAGAAAACUGACUAAUGUUCGAAUUAUGAAGGAAAACAUGAGAACCGGGAAUCUGUCGGCUAACAUGAGGAAGAACCGCGUACUGCAGAUUAUUCCGUAUGAUUUCAACAGGGUAAUAUUAUCUGUGAAAAGAGGUCAAGAAUUCACAGAUUACAUAAAUGCAUCUUUUAUAGACGGUUACAGGCAAAAGGAUUACUUCAUAGCUACCCAGGGCCCAUUAGCACACACUGUGCAGGACUUCUGGCGCAUGGUUUGGGAAUGGAAGUGUCACUCUAUCGUAAUGCUAACUGAGCUAAAGGAGAGAGAACAGGAGAAAUGUGUGCGCUACUGGCCUGCGGAGGGCAACAUUUCGUUCGGAGAAUACAACGUGGAGUUGAAAAGAGACACACUUUACGAGAUGUUUAGCCUCCGAGAUUUGCUGCUGACGUACACACCGGAGAAGCAGUCUCGUCUGGUCAGACAUUUUCACUUCCAUGGCUGGCCAGAGAUUGGAAUCCCAUCAGAUGGAAAAGGAAUGAUUGAUCUGAUUGCUGCAGUGCAGAAACAACAACAGCAAUCUGGCAACCACCCCAUAGUGGUGCACUGCAGUGCUGGUGCAGGCCGGACUGGAACGUUCAUUGCCCUCAGUAACAUUCUGGAGCGGGUUAAAGCUGAGGGCUUACUGGACGUGUUCCAGACUGUGAAGAGUUUACGCACCCAGAGACCACACAUGGUCCAAACUGUGGAACAGUAUGACUUCUGCUACAAAGUGGUACAGGAUUUUGUAGAUAUCUUCUCCGACUAUGCUAAUUUCAAAUAAUGAAUUUUCCUUUCAUGACUUCAGAUAAAACAUUCAAGUUUGUUCUGCAUUCAGUCCGACGAAACUCUUGCUAUGGGUUCACAAUACUCUAUGCACUUGAUCUUUCUCUUAAAUGUUUUUUUUUUUUUUUUUUUUUGGUACAUAAGCAAGUCCUCACUUGUGUAACCACAUGAAGACGAUAUAAAGCAUUUGCAUUUAGAUUGAUUGUUGUAUCUUUGUACUUUGUUAAAUACUGAAAUUGUUUUAUUUAUAUAUUUUGGGUACAGGGCUGAAUGAGAACAUUUUUAGAUAAUCACGAUAUAUUUUUGUUUGUACAUUGCACGCUACUACUUUUAUGUUAUUAUUAUUAUUAUUAUUAUUAUUAUUUAAAAGGAAGUGGGUGUUAAGAAUAUAUUGUAUGUCUUAUUUUGUAAAAUCUGUUUUAAAGUGCUAUUCUGUAAGAUAAGUCCAUUUAACAAGUAUUGACUUGCAGUUAAAAAUAUUAAGUUAUUUGACAAAAAAGGGGCAUUUGAAAAUUAAUUUUGGUGAAAUUCUGAUUUGGAAUUAAUUCCAGCCACAUAUUCUUGUCAUUAUAUAUAGAAAAAAAGAUAUAAAACACAAGUUCCAUAAUCACAAUUCAGUUUCAGUGGCAAGCCUAGAAGACAAGUUGAAUUCAGGUAUGCUUGUUAAAUGGCCAUCGACGUUACGCUGGACUUUCUGCUGCCGAAAGGGGAGCCAUUGCAACCAAGCAGACCCCACUAUAUUUAUAUUUGAUUUGGGGGUACAUUUGCUGUGACCAGAUGUCCUUGUAAAAGGCAUUUGACUGUGAUUACAGUAGAUAAAGUGUAGACAUUAUAAUAGAAAACGUUAUUAGACUUUUUAUAAUUACAGCAAAACUGUGGUACUCGAGGGUGGGAUGGUUCCUCAAGACCACAGUGUUGCAGAUCUGCUGUAAUGUAAAUGUAUCUGCCAGUGUUAAUCUCGGAGCCUUUUAGAUAUUUUCAGAAGUAUAGGAACAGAAAGGGAAGUCUUAUAACACUCUUUGUAGAUACACAGUUCAUUUUGGAUUUACUUUGCUUUUAGAUGCCUGAGGCGAAUUCUAAAGAAUCAGACGGCUACUUGCUUAUAGAUAGAUGUUAAAUCCUGGCGAAAGUUUUAGAUGAAAUUAUUGGUCAUGUCAUGGUGAUGGUGGUGAUUGCAGAUUUAAAGUCUGGGCAAAUGGGUUGAUUAUUCCACCCACUCCAUAUUCUGUUUUAAUUUGAAUGAGCAGUAAUUGAAUGGUAGGCUGCCUGGAGAAUAUUAACUACAUUAUACAUAGCUAAUUAUCUAAUUGCCUUAGCAUGUGAGAGAAUGGAGAAGAAAGGUCACAAGAAAUUGGCACAGACUUGACAAAUGGCAAGAAGAGGUGUGCAGCAGCCUUAUAUAGUACAAUGUCCUCUAAACUAUCAAAUUCAAAAUUGCUUUUCUGUUGUUUAAUCAAGCAGCUUGGAACUGCAACAAUAGUAAAUCAAGUAUGAAGCAAAAGUAAAGCAUGUCAUCUUUUAUUUCUUUGUGGUUAUUGGUCAGAUGUAUACUGUUGAAAUGUGUCUGUCUGACAAAGCUUUAUACAGGACUGAAUUUAGCUUCAGUCUUCACUUUGGUGUCUGUCUUUUGGAGUCUAUAGUCCUAAAAUAAGAUACAGAUACAAAGCAAAUACUGGUUCAUUACCAAAAGGACAAAAACUCACCGCAAAAUUAAGACCAUGAAUUAAUUUAAAACAUGGAAUAAUGCUGUUGGACUGAGAAGGACAGAGAAAUGAUGAGCGUUACGACAAAGAUUAAUACAAGCAGAGACGAAAUCAAACACAAUCAAUGGUCCAGCUGAGAUUAUAAUACCGGUCACUGGCUUAUGUUCUUGAAUCAUCAUAAAGUGUUCUUCAGUUGCCUUAAAAUCUUUAUGUAGAACUUUACAGUAGAAGGCUUUACUUUUAGAAAAGGGCCGUUAAUAAUAAUGAAUUGUCUUUUUCCAAGACUCCAUGUCCUUUUUAUGAUCUGAGUGAUUUCUCCCACAUACUACUUAAGCAUCGACUGUUGCCCUGGUCUUAUUUACUCAGAUUGGACUGCACUGUAAGAUACAAACCUGUCCUUAGCAUUACAUGUCAACUAAUCAAUUUGCCCAAAUACUGAAUAUUGCACAGAUUAUAAAAAUGACACAGAGUAGAGGUGUAUCUACAGGCCAAGAAGAAGGGCCUCAGGUAUUGAGGGAGGCAGCUCCAAUAUCACUUCAAUCUGUGGAAAUCGAUGUCAAAUGUCAUAAUGUGGGACACACUCUAAAACCUGUAUAGCACCACUUCAGGAAAUCCCACUAAAUAGUCAGCACUAAUUCAUUAGAAUGCAAGUGAGUGUGAUUAAAUGAAUGCAGGUAUGGUACUAUCAAACUGAAACUGGCUAUAACCAUCAAAAAAAAAGAAAGGAAACGAAAAGGAGGAUUCACAACCACAUUAAAUGAUUAAUAUAAUGAUUCAAAAAAUAUAAUGUUUGGCAGCUUGCUUGGCAGAAUUUGGUAUUUUCCCAGCAAUAUCACAAUUUGUCUUUUCUUGUCAGCUUUUUAGAGCAUAUACAGUAUGAUAGAGAGAAAAGUUGCUGACAGAAUUUACACUAUAUGUUCAAAAGUAUGUGGACACCUGACCAUUACACCCAUAUGUGAGUCUUCCCCAAACUGUUGCCACAAACUUUGAAGCACACUAUUGUAUAGAAUGUUUUUGUAUACUGUAACAUUACAAUUUCCCUUCAUUGGAACUGUGAGGCCCAAACAUGUUCCAGCAUGACAAUGCCCCUGAGCACAAAGCGAGCUCCAUGAAGACGUGGUUCGUCAAGGAUGGAGUGGAAGAACUCGAGUGUCCUGCACAGAGCCCUGACCUCAUCCCCACUGAACACCUUUUGAAUAAACUGAAAUGCUGAAUGCACCCCAGGCCUCCUUGCCCAACAUCACUAAUGCUCUUGUGGCUGAAUGGGCACAAACCCCCACAGCCACGCCCCAUAAUCUAGUGGAAAGCCUUCCCAGAAGAGUGGAGGUUAUUAUAACAGCAGAAGGGGGCUAAAUCUAGAAUGAGAUGUUCAACAAGCAUAUAGAGGUGUGAUGGUCAGGUGUCCACAACCUUUUGGCCGUAUAGUGUAGCAGAGCGUAGGCCACAGGUUCCCAGCCCUGGCUCUGGAGUUCCCCAUCGUGCACAUUUUGGUGUUUUCCCAGCUUCAGUACAGUUAAUACAAAACAACAUCUCCACAGGCCAUGAUAACUUAUUGCAGCAAAAUUGAAACAAAGAAGUGUUGUUACAGGUCUGUACAUAUUAUUAAAAUACAUAAUUACUUUACAUAAUUAUUUUGAUGCUUUAUGGAUAAUUUACUGAUUAUUUAGCUUGUUACAAGAUAAACACAUGAAUACAAGAUGAAA